UUGUAUGGUUUGCCAACUUGCAUGUCUGUGUUUUAGAGUCCUUUGUUUUCAUAUUUCCUUAGAAAUUCUCGCUUUAAAGCACAACUCUAUCGACUCCAGAUUGCCUCUUCCGUAUAAAAAUUAAUGCGACUAAUCAAAACUAAGUGUGCAAGAAAGAUGUCAUCGGCAAUGUGAGAGCUGUCGAUCGAACUGAAUUUCAUUUUAUGGGAUUAUGACAUUUGUGCAUAUAAUACGGAUUUACAGAAAGUGAAAAAGUGCCUGUUAAAAGAAAGUACCUUUCACGCUGCUACACAAAAAGCAAUGUUGAUACAGACUGACUAGUGAGGACAUCGAUAUAUAAACGAAAUAAAUUCGAUAAUAAAGACAGUGACAGUGCUGCGAGUCUUAAUUAGAGUGUUGAAUAAAUGGUGCGGAGGAUAAUAAACAAGGAUAUGUACAGGGUGUGGGGUGUGCUCAUGUGAUGGGAGGCGUGGGGUGAGAGGUGAGGCGCACGGGCGCGGGCGCGGGCGCCAUGAACCCGCCGGCGCCCGGCAAAACGGCUACGCGCUCCGGAUACCACCAGAAGGCGCUUGCCGAAAUCAGAAACUCAUUGCUUCCCUUUGCGAACAUUGGAAACUCUGAACCGCCAGGUUCAUCAGCUGCUAGCACAGUUAGUUCAGGAGUGAGUUCGGGGUUUAGUUCUUCUUCGGGAAAUGGACUCGAUAAAGACUUGAAUGUGCUACCUCAAUCCUUGAACCAACUUAUUGCCUUGGGUUAUGAUGAGGACCCAGCUGUGAGGGCACUCAAAUAUGCAGGAGGGCGUUUUGAUGCAGCUCUCGAUUAUUUGUCGAAACAGCAAGAACCUCUCAACGGCGUCCUCAAAAGCAGUAACUUGAGUGCUCUUGGCACCAAACUUAUCCGGAAACCUAGUCUAGAGAGAGAGAUAAAUCUACAUCGUGGUAGUCCUGCACUUGAUUCAGGUGCUGGUAGCUCCCGGUCUGAUAGUCCGCGUCAAUCGGAGCCACCGCCGCUACCACACGAGAAGCUGUCGCGACAGUAUUCGCCUUCAGGUUUCUCAGAACCACCGCCACCUCCGCCGCCGCGAUGUCCGUCCACGCCGCCGGUGCUGCCUUCCGUGCAGCAACUGCUCAAGCGCAUGUCGCCGGCGCCACCUCUACCACCGGCGCGGGGCACCAGUCCCGUGGCGGCCGCGGCACCCACGCCGCCUGCCAGACAACCCAUGAUUGUACAAAAUGGACCUCAAGUGCAACAGCAGCUUACGCAGCAGAUACAAGCUCUCAGUAUCUAUCAAACGGGUGGCGGCGGCGAACUUCCACCGCCGUAUCCGAUGUCGGGUGCGCCGCCACCUCCUCCCUACUCGGUCUCUAUCCAAAAUCGUCAAAGCCCAACCCAGUCGCAGGAUUACAGGAAGAGUCCAUCGUCGGGGAUCUAUUCAGGAGGCACCUCCGCCGGCUCGCCGAGUCCAAUUACGGUAACGCAAUCGACUGGUUCAGCCGCGGGAAUGACUCGCCCCACGCCGCUCCAGGCGUGGACCGCGAGACAAGCGGUGCAGCCUCCUAUCAUCAUGCAGUCUGUGAAAAGCACACAAGUUCAGAAACCGGUACUACAAACGGCGAUAGCACCGGUUGCCCCACCGCCAGCCACCAGUGCCGGAGCACCCCCACCCCCUCCUUCGUACGCGAGCUCCAUCCAACAGAAGCAGGCACAGACUCCGCCCAGCUACCCGUCGGCACCGAAGCCGUCGUCUCCUGGCUCCACACCUACCGCGAUUCCUCCCGCCGUCCCGACCACGGAGCCACCAAGUUAUGCGAUCACGAUGCAAGUGCUCGCCGUUCAACGCGGCAUGCACCCCGUCCCGCCGCCUCCGUACGGUAACCAAGCCGACAACACGACUACUGUUAAUUCCCACCAUUCUCCUUUACAUAAGAAAAUUUCGAAUAACUGUGACGGUAAACCUGAAUCGUCACAAGGGCCGCACGAAAUUAAGUGUCCCAACCAGAACUGUACGAAUAAUCUCUUAAAAGACAACGUCGCGGCCUCCGGCUCCGACAAAGGCUCUAACGGAUCAUCGGACAGACGACCAAAAAUGUUAGAUAAGAUAAGGCAUCAAUCGCCAAUACCGGAACGCAGAAAUUACAGUAAAGAAAAAGAAGACGAGAGAAGAGAUUGUAAAGUCCGAAAUUAUUCACCGCAAGCUUUCAAAUUUUUUAUGGAACAGCAUGUGGAAAACGUUUUGAAAUCUUAUAAACAGAGACUGUUCAGAAGGAUGCAACUCGAAAAGGAGAUGAGUAAAAUAGGUCUAAGUGCAGAAGCUCAGUGUCAGAUGAGAAAGAUGCUGUCCCAGAAGGAAUCCAAUUAUAUUCGAUUGAAAAGGGCCAAGAUGGACAAGUCUAUGUUUACUAAGAUUAAGCCUAUAGGUGUGGGAGCAUUUGGGGAGGUGACGUUGGUGAAAAAGAUCGAUACUAGUCAUCUGUAUGCCAUGAAGACACUUCGGAAAGCUGACGUGCUAAAGAGAAAUCAAGUGGCACACGUAAAAGCCGAAAGAGACAUAUUGGCGGAGGCAGACAACGAAUGGGUCGUCAAGCUUUAUUACAGUUUCCAAGAUAAAGAUAAUCUGUAUUUUGUAAUGGACUAUAUACCGGGCGGGGACCUUAUGUCCUUAUUAAUAAAAUUAGGAAUAUUCGAGGAGAAUCUCGCUAGGUUCUACAUUGCAGAGUUGACGUGUGCUGUUGAAAGCGUGCACAAAAUGGGUUUUAUCCACAGAGACAUCAAGCCAGAUAACAUAUUGAUAGAUCGUGAUGGUCAUAUAAAGUUAACAGAUUUUGGUCUAUGCACCGGUUUUAGAUGGACGCACAACUCCAAAUAUUAUCAAAGGAACGAUCAUGGACGACAAGACUCAAUGGAUCCAGUGGAUGGAGAAUGGGGGGCUAUGGGCGAAUGUCGAUGUUAUCAACUCAAACCCUUAGAAAGGCGGCGGAGAAGAGAACACCAGCGGUGUUUGGCCCAUUCGUUAGUGGGAACCCCAAACUAUAUUGCGCCAGAAGUCUUGCAGCGGACUGGAUACACGCAGCUUUGCGAUUGGUGGUCGGUUGGAGUUAUAUUGUACGAGAUGUUGGUUGGGUCGCCGCCGUUCCUGGCGCCGACCCCCGCAGAGACGCAACUCAAGGUGAUCAAUUGGGAGAGUACACUACACGUACCUGAUGCAGCCAACUUAUCCCCAGAGAGCAAAGACCUCAUUCUGCAGCUAUGUUCUGGUCAAGACACAAGGCUUGGCAAAGAUGCCAAUGAAGUAAAAAACCAUCCCUUCCUCAAGGGCAUCGAUUUUGACAAAGGAUUGAGGAAUCAGGUUGCUCCUUACAUCCCGAGGAUUGAAUACCCAACAGACACAUCCAACUUCGACCCCAUUGAUCCAGAUAAGCUCAGGAACUCUGGUAGCUCAGAUUCAAAUAAAUCAGACAGUGAACUAUUAGACAAUGGCAAGACUUUCCAUGGUUUCUUUGAGUUCACAUUCAGAAGAUUCUUUGAUGAUGGCUAUACGAGCAAAAUCAAUUUGGAUGACAAUGAUAAUCAAGGACCUGUGUACGUGUGAUAUCAACUGUGCAAAUAGACAAUCGGACUAACUCAUAGGAUUAUAUUUUUACAAAGUGUGUGCCUUUGACUCUCUCUAUUAAAACACUAGUAAGUUUUGUAAACGUAACGAAUAUAACGUAUUUAAUAAAUAAAAAAAAUGUUAAUAAUCCCGGUGAUAAUGUUGUAAUAUUGUAUCGUUAUCAGUUCGUAAGGAUAAUAUUAUACGAGUGUAAUAUAUACGGAUGGAUCGUAGUAGUGCAUAAUUCUUGAUGGUGCUGUUGACGGGGCCGUGAAUGUGCUUCGUUCUAAUAUCGUUUCAUUCACUUGUAUACUGUAUUUUUGUAACUAGAGAAAUUAUUUAUGAAAUAAGGAAAAGCUUAUUUGAUCUAGCAAAUGUUUUUGAUAGUGUCAUUAUAUUUUCUUAUGUAUUUAUCAUGUUAGGUCGCUUAAAAUGUGUGUUUGUUUAUAUAAUUGUAACUUAUAAAGUCGUUAUAAAUAAUCAAACUGGAAUCGGCGUAAAGUUGUACUGUGCUUCCAUUUGUCUGUUGGACACUAGCUCAUAUUGUGUGCCUUAGUAUUGAAGAAUUGUAUAUUGAAAGUGUAUUUAGGGGAAGUAAAUGUUUGUACGACUUUAUUAGCAGUCAGCUCGGCAACGUGUAAAGAGUGCAAUACGUAUUUAUUUAACACAACUUGAACUCUUGUUAUCUUCGUUUUCGAAGAUUUUUAGUUUGUCAAUCGGAUACUAUGAGCACAUUUCAGUCAAAUGCUAGUAUUAAAACGUGCAACUUUAAGUUAUUUAUGUUUACACUAACAAUAUUCAAUUUACGAAUGUAUUAGCAAAAUAUUUAUCAUCAGUAAUUGUUUUUUGGCAACACUAAAUAUUCUCCCUUU